GAUACUGAUUCAAAGGGGCAUAAUAAUUACGUGCAAGAAAAUGGGGGGAAUAUUAAGAGUAGAAUAUUAACAGAGGUUAUAUUAAAAAAUUUGGAGAAAUAUAUCGAAGAAAAUGAUGGGAAUUGUGUAGAAGAAAGAUGCUAUUAUUUAAAAGAGCCUAAGGAAAAUAAUCCAGAAGAAUGUGAAGAAAAGAAAAAAUGUUUAAGAGAAGAAUUUGAAAAAUAUGAACCAUAUCAGAAUCCAAAAGAAGAAGCAAAAGAAUUAGGUGUUGAUGAUGAAGAAAAUAAAAAUAAUAUUAGACCAUUUGAAGUAUUGACAGAAGAAGAAUUUAAUAAGAGAAUAAAUAUAUUAAGAGGAAGUAUAUUUUUAUAUGAAGUAUAUGGUUUAUGGAAUUAUUUAAAUCAACGUGAGAAAAGAAAAUAUACAACCAUAAAAGAAGAACUAUGGAAAGUAUGUGAAGAUUUAUCUGUCAAAUAUAAUGUACCUCAAGAAUGCACAAUGAAAGAAUGGAAAAAAGUUAGAAAAUAUAUGAAAGAAGAACUUUUAAAAAAAAAAGAAGAAGAUGAAAAAGAUUUCCAAUAUUUUGUAGAUGAUAAUAUUUAUACUAGAUGGGAAUAUAUUGCUUUUAUAACGGAUAAAAAAGAAUCAUGGAAAGUAUUUAGACAUAUGAUUAAAGAAAAAUGGAAAGAUAUGUUAUUAAAAAAUUUUGAAAAAUAUAUGGAAGAAAUAUUUGAUAAAAAAAUGGAAAAACAUAGAAAAAAAUGUAAAGAAAAUUAUAAAUCUCGUGAAGGAUUAUAA